GAUUCGAACUUAUUCUUGCUUUUUUACCUUGCCAAAUAAAUUUUGUUAUUAAUCUGCUUAAUUCCUCAAAGUAUUUCUUUUCCAGCUCUACUGGAAUUGUUUGGAAGAGGAAGUUCUGUAUCACUAAGAUGAAGAAACUCUUCAUAUUCCUACUGUUUACUGUUUUGCUUUUUGAAAAAUAUGCAAACACUCAGAUAUGUGAAGUUGAUAGAGCGAUUGAAUCAAAGAUUGAGAAAAUAAUUGCUUCCACAGUGUCUUCAUAUCUGUCAAAGGUCAAGAUGGUUUUCCAAGAUGUGAAAACUCCAGGUGCUUAUGCCUAUUGUCCAUCAGGUUUUAUACCCACUUCAUGUGCCUGUGGAUAUGGUUGUGGAUCUUGGAAUAUUAUCCACAACUCAGGUUGUCACUGCCAAUGUGCCAAUAUGGACUGGACUACAGCCCGGUGCGUCAAAUUGUCUUAACUGGUGGCUCCUAAGCUACUUUGAUGGCACGUUGGCUCCAGUUUUUGUGCUCAAUAAAAGUAUGAAUCAAUAAUUCUCUGAAUUGUUCUCUGCUUGAAUUUCUAUCCAGUGUGCAGCUGGAAUCUGAUA